CGGGGCUGGGCCGGUGCCUCCUCCGCCCUGCCCUGCCGUGCUGCCGCUGACCCCUGGGGAAGCACCGCCCGGCCGGAGGAAGCGGCGAUAGCGGCGCCUGCGGAACGUGAGCGAAGCUGUGGGCGAGGGGCGGCGAGCGAUUCUCUUUUAUUCCCAGCAGAUUCAAAGAUCACAAAUAACUGCCCUGUAAAAACCAGCUGGAAAACAAUCCUACGUGGCAACAAUGAGGUGUUUUCACUUCUGUAAGCUUCCAGGAAGAGUUAUGGGAAUCCGCCUACUGCGCUUCACCUCUGUGGUGAUCAUCGUCUUGCUUCUUGUGGCAGGUGCUUUAACAGCUUUGCUUCCCACUAUCAAAGAUGACAAAUUGCCCAAUUCGAGAAGGGAACCAAAAACCCAGAGUCAGUCUGCCUUGGAUUCAUUCACUCUUAUCAUGCAGACAUACAAUAGAACUGACUUACUGCUAAAGCUUUUGAAUCAUUAUCAAGCAAUCCCUCACCUACAUAAAGUAAUUGUUGUGUGGAACAACAUUGGUGAGAAGACACCAGAGGAAAUGUGGAAUUCCUUGGGGCCUCAUCCUGUCCCUGUUGUCUUUAAAGUUCAAACUGUAAAUCGUAUGAGAAACAGACUGCAGAAUUUCCCUGACCUGGAAACAAAAGCUGUUUUAAUGAUGGAUGAUGACACACUAGUCAGUGCUCAUGACCUUGCGUUUGCCUUUUCCGUUUGGCAGCAAUUUCCAGAGCAUAUAGUGGGAUUUGUUCCUAGAAAGCACAUUUCUACUCCUUCAGGCGUGUACAGUUAUGGCAGCUUUGAGUUGCAGAACCCUGGAUUUGGGAAUGGAGAUCAGUAUUCUAUGGUGCUCAUUGGUGCAGCGUUUUUUCACAGGGGAUAUUUAGAAGACUUUCAGCAGCAGCCAGAAGCAGUUUACGCCUUAAUAGAUGAAACUCAAAAUUGUGAUGAUAUUGCCAUGAAUUUUCUGGUAGCCAAGCAUACUGGAAAGCCUUCAGGAGUCUUUGUGAAGCCUGUUGACAUAAGAAAUUUAGAAAAAGACACUAACAGUGGCUAUUCUGGAAUGUGGCACCGAGCAGAGCAUUUGUUACAGAGAUCCUACUGUGUAAAUAAAUUGGUUAAUAUUUAUGAUGGCAUGCCCUUAAAAUACUCUAAUAUCAUGAUUUCUCAGUUUGGUUUUCCUAAUUAUGCCAAUCACAAAAAUAAAAUGUAAGCUAAUGAAUUGAAGGUGUUAAAUGUUAAACAAUACUCAGUGAAUUGUACUGAGUUCAAGGAGAGAAGAAGGUGUAAUUACUGCAUCUUGGCCAUCCCUCUUUGUAGCCUCUGAUUUUUCUCCACUAGGCUUUUUAUGUAUUUUCUUUCCAUUCUAACUACUUCACAAAGGUAAGUUUUGAGAAAACUUCGAGAAUAUGUAGUCAUGCUUAGCUGUGAUAAAAUCAUCCUCUUUCCUUAAAACCUGAAAAGCUACUCUAAUUAAUUAAUUAGGCCAGUUCUUCAGAAACAUGCAGACAAAAAUGCACUCCUACUCUUCAGGUCUUAACAUCUGGAAUUUUUUUCCUUGAAUAUACAUAUCCAGUCAAAUGAGGCCUAGGCAUAUUUUUGACAGUUACAUGUUGAGAUGCUUCCUUGCCUUCCCACUCCUCACCUGCUCCUACCCAGUUCCCAGUGAAGCUGUAGAAGAGCUACAGUGAACUGCUGGCCAGGCUUCUGGCCUCCUGUACAGAACCCCUCUGAAGUUUGUAUAUAAGCUACUCGGUGUUCUGAGAUCUUCUUGAAGCUGCUAUGAAAGCCAGAAGAGUACCUCACCUUACUCUCAGUCCUUAAACCAUUGCCUACAAUAUCUACUCCUGCUGAGUUAAUGGAAAACGAUCUCUGAUGUGGCUUUUUUUUCUAUUAUUGAUUUGCCUGGAGUUGCUGAAACGCUGCAAGCAGCUGAAAGGUAAAUCCUAAUGGUUGGAAAUACAAGAAAUGAGAAUACAUGAAAUACGAAACUUAUACAAGCAGCCAGAAGAAUUGGAUGGAAUGUUACUUAUUAUUAUUCUCUUUAGUAGUUUGUUUUAUUUUGAUAUUUUGCAUAUACGUUGUUACAAACAUGCACCCAGGAAAAUCUUCAAUUCGUUAAAAAUUUCUUAUUUACAGUUCUUAGUAAGAGCAGGGUGUUCAACAUCUAUUACAGUGUACAUCUUGUAAUUUUGUAGGUAUUUUUAAUUCAUUUUUUGUCUGUUUUUGGUGGCUUUGACAGCGGAGUUAAAACGUACAAUAAAUGGGUAAAGCAUUAGGAAAAAAAAGUAUUUUGAGGUACAGUGAUAUUUGACAGGAUGGACUGUUACGAGUUUGAAUUCCCUGAGUUUGUUUAUAGCAAGAAACAGAGCUGCUGUUAAUGGCUUCUGUUAGAUUGGGACUCUAGUUCUGGAAACCUAUUGACACAGGGCAAACCUUUUCCAAUGAAGUUGCAGAAGGGUUGGGAUUUUUUUGUGGUAUAGAGGAGAGAAUAAAAGACAGUGAUUUUCCUGGAUCACAGAAUCAGAUUUGGCAUGCAAAGCAGAUUUAGUUUCAUCUGCAUCAGCUUUUAAUUGAUUCUUAGACUCAGUUCAAAGGUAGCUGUGGGUAACCAGUCACAGCUAAUACCUAGUACACAAAUAGCAUCUGCACAAAUGAUGUCUAAUUUUACCAUGUUUUGUAAUAAGUUAGCUGAACAAAGAGUGAAAAAUAUGACAAGUUCUUUACAGCAGGGUGUGAGUCUUUUGGGGGAAUGAAGGAUUCUUUUGCCUUGUUCUAUCAGUAUUAAAAGAUUUGCUUUCUGUUCAGUGAAACUACUUUUGUAAGAUUUAAAGGGCAGAAUCUUAACAUGCCAGUGUAAAUUCUGCUUAAUUUUGUUGUAAUAGUGAAAAGUAGUUUUUAAUUAUUGUGUUGUAGUGCUAAGUAGUAUACAAACAGGUCUAUGAUCUUUCCAGAAAUGCAAAUUUCCCAGUGGUAGUUUACUGUAUUUCAUUUACUUACUUGUCUUCCAUGAUUUCUGUUCUGUGCAGUAUCAACUAGAGUUGUGAAGAGUCACAGUUGUUGUUAACUUUUUUUUUGGGAUGUGAUAUGAACUGUCAAGUCAGUCAAAUCUUAAUAUUGGGCUCUUUGUUGGAGUGAAGGAGUUGUUAUGGUUUUGGGGGUGUUUUUUUGUUCUUCUGUAUCAGUGAAAGAAUUAAUGGAACAAGCUUUUAAUGAUACUAUUAAAUUUAUUUUGCACCAUUGUAAAAUAAAAUACAGAAUGCAGAUUUGUGA